AUGUCGACGAUACAACAGCUCAAGAACUUCAUCCGCCACGGCAAGCAAGCCCGAGCCGCGAACAAUGACGAGACAGUAGCCAAGUCACAGAACUCUCCUCCCCCAAAGGCACAGAUGGCUGGCAAUUCCGAGCCGGCACAUGUUGCCGCUCCUCCUCCCGCCGCCGUUCCCGACGCAUACUCGGUCGCUGCCGAUGGUCAGAACCGCGCCGCUCAAGCCGGUCAUGUAGCCGCUCACGCCGUCGAGCCCAACCAGAACAAAAAGGCCGGCAAGAACAUCGAUAGCACACACUUGGCAAAGAUCAUCGCCGAAGAGAACGAAAGCAAGAGCAAAUUCCCGAGAUACCCCGGUUUGGAAAGAUGGGAUCUGGUUGAGAAGAUGGGCGACGGCGCCUUCAGCAACGUUUACCGAGCGAGAGAUACCCAGGGCGAACAUGGCGAGUGUGCCAUCAAGGUCGUCCGCAAGUACGAAAUGAACAGCAUGCAGGGUAACAAGCAUCUACACCCGGACUUCAAGAAGGUCCCCAAAGCAGCAGAGAGAGCAAACAUCCUGAAAGAGGUUCAAAUCAUGCGUCAAUUGGAUCACCCCAACAUCAUCAAGCUUGUCGACUUCUCCGAAUCACGGCAAUACUACUACAUCAUUCUCGAAUUGGCGCCCGGUGGCGAGCUUUUCCACCAGAUCGUUCGUCUUACCUACUUCAGCGAGGAACUUUCUAGACACGUGAUCGUCCAAGUUGCCCAGGCUUUGGAGUACCUGCAUGAGGAGAGAGGCGUCGUUCAUCGUGACAUCAAGCCCGAGAACAUCCUGUUUAGCCCGAUUCCGAUUGUUCCGUCAAAGCACCCUAAGCCGAAGCAGCCUGGUGAUGAAGAUAAGGUCGACGAAGGCGAGUUUAUUCCGGGUGUUGGCGCUGGCGGCAUCGGCCAGAUCAAGAUUGCCGACUUCGGCCUGUCCAAGAUCGUAUGGGACAACCAAACGAUGACGCCAUGCGGUACCGUUGGCUACACAGCUCCCGAGAUUGUCAAGGACGAGCGCUACUCGAAGUCGGUCGACAUGUGGGCCCUCGGCUGCGUAUUGUACACGCUGCUCUGCGGUUUUCCGCCAUUUUACGACGAAAGCAUCGAGGUUUUGACGGAGAAGGUUGCCAAGGGACAGUACACAUUUUUGUCUCCCUGGUGGGAUGACAUCUCCAAGUCUGCUCAGGACCUGAUUUCCCACCUUUUGACCGUCGACCCCGAGAAGCGCUACACCAUCACCGAGUUCCUGGCUCAUCCCUGGAUUAAGGGCUCUGGCCCCACACGACGCGACGAGAAGAAGACUCAGCCGGAAAUGCUUCGCGCCUUUGAUGCAUCAAAACUCGUCGACGGUGACCGCCGCUACGACUUCCGUUCACCAGGAGCUGUCAACUUGCGUGAAGUCUUCGACGUUGGCUACGCCGUUCACAGACAGGAGGAGGAGGCCAAGAGACGGAAGCAGAUUGGUGCCAAGGGUGGCGUACCUGCGCGUUUCCUGAACAACCUGAACGAGGAGUCGGAGGAUGAGGACCAGGAGAUGGCUGAUACCAAGGAGGCCGAAUACGUACACAAGCCUUCCCAAGCAACACAGGCUCUCGAGCAGAGCAUGCGCAAUGCCCAGAUCAAGGAUCAGCAGGAGCAGCAGCGCGGGCGUGAGCGCGAACGCCAAGCUCACCACAACGAGAAGGGCUACGGCCAGCACUCUGCUGCGGUCACUGCGGCUGCUCGCCAGCAGGUAAGGGAUCGCAACAGGCAGAAGGGUGCAUUUGAGCUGAGCCUUGACGGCGCGACACUUCUUGGUCGGCGAAACAAGCAGCCUUUGGCGGCACGUGCUGGCGGGGCAUAG